AUGCCAGUGUUGAAAUCCGACAAUUUCGAUCCAUUGCAGGAAGCUUAUGAAGGUGGCUCCAUUCAAAACUAUAACGAUGACCACCAUCUUCAUAAAUCUUGGGCAAAUGUGAUCCCGGACAAACGCGGGCUUUACGACCCUGACUACGAACACGAUGCCUGUGGUGUUGGUUUCGUGGCCAAUAAGCAUGGUGAACAGUCUCACAAGAUUGUCACAGACGCUAGAUAUCUUUUAGUCAACAUGACACAUCGUGGUGCCGUUUCCUCAGAUGGAAAUGGUGACGGUGCAGGUAUCCUGCUAGGUAUUCCUCAUGAAUUUAUGAAAAGAGAAUUUAAGUUGGAUCUUGGUCUAGACAUCCCAGAGUUGGGCAAAUACGCUGUGGGUAAUGUUUUUUUCAAGAAGAGCGAAAAAAAUAAUAAGAAAAGUCUGGUAAAAUGCCAGAAGAUCUUUGAAGAUUUAGCUGCAUCUUUUAACUUAUCGGUAUUAGGUUGGAGAAAAGUGCCUGUAGACUCCACCAUUUUGGGUGACGUUGCUUUGUCUCGUGAACCAACCACUAUACAACCGAUCGUGGUCCCAUUAUACGACGAAGAACAACCAGAGUUCAAUGAAACCCAAUUCAGAACUCAAUUAUAUCUGCUAAGAAAGGAGGCCUCCCUUGAAAUAGGUCUAGAGAACUGGUUUUAUGUCUGUUCUUUAAAUAAUACUACCAUUGUUUACAAGGGUCAGUUGACCCCAGCUCAAGUGUAUAACUACUACCCAGAUUUGACGAAUGCGCAUUUCAAAUCUCAUAUGGCGUUGGUCCAUUCAAGAUUCUCCACAAACACUUUCCCCUCUUGGGACAGAGCUCAACCUUUACGUUGGCUCGCUCAUAAUGGUGAAAUCAACACCUUAAGAGGUAACAAGAACUGGAUGCGCUCCAGGGAAGGUGUGAUGAAUUCCCCAACAUUCAAAGAUAAACUGGAUAAACUUUACCCAAUUAUCGAAGAAGGUGGGUCCGACUCUGCUGCAUUGGAUAACGUCUUAGAAUUGUUGACCAUAAACGGCACUUUAUCUCUUCCUGAAGCCGUUAUGAUGAUGGUCCCUGAAGCUUACCACAAGGAUAUGGACUCUGACUUAAAGGCUUGGUACGAUUGGGCUGCAUGUUUGAUGGAACCUUGGGAUGGUCCAGCUUUGCUGACUUUCACUGACGGUCGUUACUGUGGUGCUAUAUUGGAUAGAAAUGGGUUAAGGCCUUGUCGUUACUACAUUACCAGUGAUGACAGAAUCAUCUGUGCUUCCGAAGUGGGUGUCAUCCCAAUCGAAAACUCACUGGUUGUUCAAAAGGGUAAAUUGAAACCAGGUGAUUUAUUUUUGGUGGACACUCAAUUAGGUGAGUUGGUUGACACUAAAAAAUUGAAAUCUCAAUUGUCCAAGAGACAAGAUUUCAAGUCCUGGUUAUCAAAGGUUAUCAAAUUGGAUGACCUACUCUCGAAGACGGCCAAUUUAGUGGCCAAAGAGUUUAUACCGCAUGAUUCUCUCUCUUUGAAAGUUCAAAGCGACCCACGUUUGUUAGCCAAUGGUUACACCUUUGAACAAGUUUCCUUCUUGUUAACUCCAAUGGCUUUGACAGGUAAGGAAGCCUUAGGUUCCAUGGGUAACGAUGCUCCACUAGCCUGUUUAAACGAAAACCCUGUCUUACUUUAUGAUUACUUUAGACAGUUGUUUGCCCAAGUGACUAACCCACCAAUCGAUCCAAUUCGUGAAGCAAAUGUUAUGUCAUUAGAAUGUUACGUAGGUCCUCAAGGUAAUCUUUUAGAAAUGCAUGCAUCUCAAUGUGACCGUUUAUUGUUAAAGUCCCCUAUCUUACAUUGGAAUGAAUUCCAAGCUUUGAAAAACAUUGAAGCCGCUUAUCCAUCUUGGUCCAUAGCUGAAAUCGAUAUUACUUUUGAUAAAAGCGAGGGCCUGUUAGGAUACACAAAUACAAUUGACAGAAUUACUAAGCUAGCCAGUGAAGCAAUUGAUGAUGGUAAAAAAAUUCUAAUAAUUUCAGAUAGAAGAAUGGGUCCUAACCGUGUUUCCAUUUCAUCUUUGAUUGCAGUUUCUUCCAUUCAUCAUCAUUUGAUCAGAAAUAAACAACGUUCCCAAGUUGCUCUUAUUUUAGAAACCGGUGAAGCUAGAGAAAUUCAUCAUUUCUGUGUCCUAUUAGGUUACGGUUGUGACGGUAUUCAUCCAUACCUGGCAAUGGAAACUUUGGUAAGAAUGAACAAAGAAGGCUUGCUCCGUAAUGUCAACAAUGACAAUGACACCAUUGAAGAGGAAGAAAUACUGGAAAACUACAAGCACGCUGUUGAUGCGGGUAUCCUGAAAGUGAUGUCCAAGAUGGGUAUUUCCACUUUGGCAUCUUACAAGGGUGCUCAAAUUUUUGAAGCCCUUGGUCUAGAUAACUCUAUCGUUGAUUUGUGUUUCACAGGUACUUCUUCCAGAAUUAGAGGUGUCACUUUUGAGUACUUGGCUCAAGAUGUAUUUUCCUUACAUGAACGUGGUUAUCCAUCCAGAGAAACGAUCGGCAGAUCUGUUAACCUACCAGAAAGUGGUGAAUAUCAUUAUAGAGAUGGUGGUUAUAAGCAUGUUAAUGAACCAACUGCCAUCGCUUCGUUACAAGAUACUGUUAGAAACAAAAAUGACGUUUCCUGGCAAUUAUAUGUCAAGAAGGAAAUGGAAGCAAUUAGAGAUUGUACUUUAAGAGGGUUAUUGGAAUUGGAUUUUGAAAGUUCCAGUAGUAUCCCAUUAGAACAGGUUGAACCAUGGACUGAAAUUGCUAGAAGAUUUGCAUCAGGUGCUAUGUCUUAUGGUUCCAUUUCUAUGGAAGCUCAUUCCACAUUGGCCAUUGCUAUGAACCGUUUAGGUGCCAAAUCCAAUUGUGGUGAAGGUGGUGAAGAUGCAGAACGUUCUGCCGUUCAAGAUAACGGUGACACUAUGAGAUCUGCCAUCAAACAAGUUGCUUCCGCCAGAUUUGGUGUGACAUCUUACUACUUGUCUGAUGCUGAUGAAAUUCAAAUCAAGAUUGCCCAGGGUGCUAAACCAGGUGAAGGUGGUGAGCUACCAGCUCAUAAAGUAUCCAAGGAUAUUGCCAAGACCAGACAUUCCACUCCAAAUGUUGGUUUAAUCUCCCCUCCCCCUCAUCAUGAUAUUUAUUCCAUUGAAGAUUUGAAACAACUUAUUUAUGACUUAAAAUGUGCUAACCCAAGAGCCGGAAUCUCUGUAAAAUUGGUUUCCGAAGUUGGUGUUGGUAUUGUUGCUUCUGGUGUAGCCAAAGCUAAAGCUGACCAUAUCUUGGUUUCAGGCCAUGAUGGUGGUACGGGUGCUGCUAGAUGGACAAGUGUCAAAUACGCAGGUUUGCCAUGGGAAUUAGGUUUAGCCGAAACUCAUCAAACUUUGGUUUUAAAUGAUUUGAGACGUAACGUCGUUGUUCAAACUGAUGGCCAAUUGAGAACCGGGUUUGAUAUUGCCGUUGCUGUUUUAUUGGGUGCUGAAUCCUUUACUUUGGCCACUGUUCCAUUAAUAGCCAUGGGGUGUAUCAUGUUAAGAAGAUGUCACUUGAACUCUUGCGCUGUUGGUAUUGCCACGCAAGAUCCAUAUUUGAGAAGUAAGUUUAAGGGCCAACCUGAACACGUUAUUAACUUUUUCUAUUAUUUGAUUCAAGACUUGAGACAGAUAAUGGCCAAAUUGGGUUUCCGUACUAUCGAUGAAAUGGUUGGUCACUCUGAGAAAUUAAAGAAAAGAGAUGACGUAAAUGCUAAAGCCAUAAAUAUCGACUUAUCUCCUAUUUUGACCCCAGCACAUGUUAUUCGUCCAGGUGUUCCAACUAAAUUCACCAAGAAACAAGACCACAAACUUCAUACCCGUUUAGAUAACAAGCUAAUCGAUGAGGCAGAAGUUACUUUGGAUCGUGGUUUACCAGUGAAUAUUGACGCUUCUAUAAUUAACACUGAUCGUGCAUUAGGUUCUACUUUGUCUUACAGAAUCUCUAAAAAAUUCGGUGAGGAAGGUCUGCCCAAGGAUACUGUUGUCGUCAACAUAGAAGGUUCUGCAGGUCAAUCAUUCGGUGCUUUCUUAGCUUCUGGUAUCACUUUCAUUUUGAAUGGUGAUGCAAAUGAUUAUGUUGGUAAAGGUUUAUCUGGUGGUAUCAUUGUCAUCAAGCCUCCAAAGGACUCCAAAUUCAAGAGUGACGAAAACGUGAUUGUUGGUAACACCUGUUUCUAUGGUGCUACUUCUGGUACUGCGUUCAUUUCAGGUAGUGCUGGUGAACGUUUCGGUGUUAGAAACUCUGGUGCUACCAUUGUUGUGGAAAGAAUUAAGGGUAACAACGCCUUUGAAUAUAUGACUGGUGGUAGAGCUAUCGUCUUAUCACAAAUGGAAUCAUUGAACGCAUUUUCUGGUGCCACCGGUGGUAUUGCAUACUGUCUAACUUCCGAUCAUGAUGAUUUUGUUGGUAAGAUCAACAGAGAUACUGUCGAAUUAGAAUCCUUGUGUGAUCCAGUGGAAAUUGCUUUUGUGAAGAACUUGAUCAAAGAACAUUGGAACUAUACGCAAUCUGACUUAGCAUCUAGGAUUCUUGGUAAUUUCAACCAUUAUUUGAAGGACUUUGUUAAAGUCAUUCCAACCGACUACAAGAAGGUUCUAUUAAAGGAAAAAUCCGAAAUUGCCGAGGCCAAAGCCAAGGCAACUUCUGAAUACUUGAAGAAAUUUAGAUCAGCACAAGAGGUUGACGAUGAAGUUAACACUUUACUGAUUGCAAACCAGAGAGCCAAAGAACAAGAGAAGAAAAAGAGUAUUAGUAUUUCUAACAAGGCCACUUUGAAAGAACCUAAAGUUGUUGAUUUGGAAGAUGCAGUUCCAGACACCAAGCAGCUGGAGAAAAACAGCGAAAGAGUUGAAAAAACUCGUGGGUUUAUGGUUCAUAAGCGUCGUCACGAAACUUACAGAGAUCCAAAAAAGAGAGUCGAUGACUGGAAAGAAUUCACCAAUCCAAUUACCAAAAAAGAUGCUAAGUACCAAACCGCUAGAUGUAUGGAUUGUGGUACACCAUUUUGUUUAUCUGAUACAGGUUGUCCUCUAUCUAACAUCAUCCCCAAGUUCAACGAAUUACUGUUCAAGAACCAAUGGAAACUAGCUCUUGACAAACUGUUGGAGACUAACAAUUUCCCUGAAUUCACUGGGAGAGUGUGUCCAGCACCUUGUGAGGGAGCUUGUACACUAGGUAUCAUUGAAGACCCAGUGGGUAUCAAGUCGAUUGAAAGAAUCAUCAUUGACAAUGCAUUCAAAGAAGGAUGGAUUAAACCAUGUCCACCAAACACACGCACUGGAUUCACAGUGGGUGUCAUUGGUUCCGGUCCAGCAGGUUUAGCAUGUGCUGAUAUGCUGAAUCGUGCCGGACACAAGGUCACAGUUUAUGAAAGAUCAGACCGUUGUGGUGGGUUAUUGAUGUAUGGUAUUCCAAACAUGAAGCUAGAUAAGACUAUCGUGCAACGCCGUAUUGAUUUAUUGGCGGAUGAAGGUGUCGAAUUUGUCACCAACACAGAAAUCGGUAAGAACAUGAGCAUGGACGAGUUGAAGAGCAAGCACAAUGCAGUGGUCUACGCUAUCGGGUCUACCAUCCCACGUGACCUAACCAUCAAGGGACGUGAAUUGAAGAACAUCGAUUUUGCCAUGCAGUUGUUGGAAUCUAACACAAAGGCCUUGUUGGACAGGGACCUGGAAAUGAUCCGUGAAAAGAUCCAGGGCAAAAAAGUGAUUGUUGUUGGUGGUGGUGACACAGGUAAUGACUGUCUGGGUACAUCAGUGAGACACGGUGCGGCCUCCGUUCUAAAUUUCGAACUGUUGCCCGAACCACCAGUGGAACGUUCCAAGGACAAUCCAUGGCCUCAGUGGCCACGUGUGAUGAGAGUGGACUACGGUCAUGCGGAAGUGAAGGAGCAUUACGGCAGAGAUCCUCGUGAAUACUGCAUCCUGUCCAAGGAAUUCAUCGGUAACGACGACGGCGAAGUGACCGCCAUCAGAACAGUACGCGUGGAAUGGAAGAAGUCCCAAAGUGGCGUAUGGCAAAUGGUGGAAAUCCCCAACAGCGAAGAGAUCUUUGAGGCCGACAUCAUCCUGUUGUCAAUGGGGUUCGUGGGGCCUGAACUAACCAACGGUAACGAAAGCGAGGUGAAGAAGACCAGACGUGGCACCAUUGCCACGCUCGACGACUCGUCGUACAACAUCGCCGGGGGCAAGACAUUUGCGUGCGGUGACUGUAGAAGAGGACAGUCACUGAUUGUCUGGGCCAUCCAGGAAGGUAGAAAGUGUGCUGCCUCCGUCGACAAGUUCCUGAUGGACGGUACCACGUACCUGCCAAGCAACGGUGGUAUCGUGCAACGUGAUUACAAACUGUUGAAAGAACUAGCCAGUCAAGUUUAG